GCACAGGCAGCCUCCCAGGACAGAUUAGAACAAAUCAGAGCCAGUCAUCAUGCUUCACUAAGAAACCAGCUAAAAGACAGAAUUAGAGAUCUUGAAUGUGAACUGGACAGGAUAAAAAAUACCCAACAAGACAGUACUUUUCAAAAAGAAUCCACCCAGGCAGAAGUGGAAAAAUACAGAGAGCUGUAUCUGGAGGAAGUGAAAACCAGAAAAGGCCUAGCCAAGAAACUGGAAAGAGCUAAUGAGAGACUUGCAGAGGCCAACACCAAGCUCCUUCGGGAGCGCCAUAGAAGCAAAUCUUUAAUCACAAGCAGCAUUGUCAGCGGACAUCUGGCUGCAAGUCCACUUCUGUAUUCAACUGGCCUGGGACAUCUUGGGAACAGUUUGGGACUGAACAGAAGUCUCAGUCUUGGAGGAAACUUCCUAAGCCCAACAGAAAACACAUUAUCACCAAGAAACAGAGUUGAAGCCUAUGUGGCCAAGGUACGACAGGAACUGGAUGAAAAAAUCACUAGAGACCUUCAACAAGCUACUGCUGAACUUGAAAGGGGAUCUGCUGGAUCUUCAAAAAAUCUUCAAGUGGACCAGGAUCCCCUUUGCAGAGCAAUAGAGGAGUACCGUGAUGUUUUAACCAAAAAUUACCUGAUUUGAACGAAAUGCUAUGAAAGGCUCUGGAAAUCAUUUGGUUUUCAUAGUGCAUCUGUGGUUUCCCAUCCCUCAGUUCAGAUGUGAAAACAUGUUUCUUGCAGUUGGAAUAUAAACUCAUAAACUGUAUUCAAUGGAUGUCAAGCACAUUGCACUUACCUGUUGGUUUAUUGAUGCAUAGGUGGUUUCUUUUGCACUCACAAUAAGAACCACAUUCAUUUUUUUCUGACUCGCAGAUUGACUGAUCUUGACUCUUGAGGUUGACAAAAUCAUCAAAUUUAUUUCUUAUUAUGGUCAAUGCAUUAGCGUUUGCUUUGUUCUGUUAAAUCAUUUUAGUCAAUGUGUUUGGAAUGUUUCCAGUGUUAUUUUAAUGUUUAGGACAUUAUUUGAUGUGCUUUCACCCUGCUGCUUCAGUCCUGAUGCAGUGACUGUUUCUGCUGAUAAAGUUUUACAGGUGUUCAAGCUGUAGAAAAGGGUACUUUACAUUGUCAUCACUUUAUGCAAUGUAGGUUUAAAAUGACCGAGUAUGUAGUAGUACUAAGAGUUGUUAUAUGGUCUUUUUGGUUUGUUUGUUUUGUAUCACAGAAUGGGUGAGUUUGGAAGGAACCUCUGGAGGUCAUCAGGUCCAGCCCCCCUGCUGAAGGAGGACCACCUAGAGGCAGUUGCCCACAUCUGAAUUGGCUUUUGAAUACCUCCAAGGAGGGAGACUCCAGAGGCUCCACGGGCAGCCUGUGAUAGAGCUCAGUCACGCACACAGUACACUUGAAUACCAUGAGAGGCAAUGGGCACAAACUCAGUACCUUUUCACAGUAUUGGUGUUGAUUUCUGUAUUAAAAAUUGCUGCAGUUUCAGACAUUUGCAGCUCUUGCAUCAAAACCUAUGGUGCACCCAAAACAUUUCUAAUCGGAGGGAAAAAAAUGAAUGUUAGUGCAUCAACUUUAAGUUUCCUCAGUACUCUCCAGAACUUCUGUGAUAGGAUAGGCAGUCUUUUUGUUGCUGCUAACAGCUGAUGAUACGGUGUCUGUAGCCCAGCUGUUAGCCCAGAUGUGGUGGGACAUUGUGUCAACCUUACAAGCAACUUUACUUAUUUCAGGGAACUACCAGUUGUUAAUGAAGAUCUGAGUUGUCAUUUCCCAUCCUGAAAAGUCACCAGCAAUCCGAAGAGUAUAGAACAAAGUCCCAGUUCUGGAAAAGAUGUAUGUAAGAAUGAUUGUACUGAGAUGAAGAAGACUGGAAAAAUUUGGGGGAGUUUACUAAUUCAAGGAUUUAACAGUCAGCGAGGAAAGCAUUAAAUGCUGCUGUGACAUUCUUCCUUUUUAUAUGAAUACAAUUUUGUGAAGCUAAUACACUGUGUAUAAUUCAACUUGAUAUUUAAUAAACUUUGCAAUCCAGGA